AUGGACGAAACCGGUAUUUCGACGACAUCAAACAAACCCCCUAGAGCACUAUCAAUAAAAGGAAAGAAACAGGUGGGCAUAAUUGCAAGUGCGGAGCGAGGUCAAUUAACGACUGUCAUCGGGUGUUGUAAUGUCGCUGGAUCAUUUCUACCACCCUUCCUGAUUUUCGCCAGAAAGAAGAUGCAACCCAGACUUCUUGACGGUGCGCCUCCCGGGACUCCAGGACAUGUACGACCUAGCGUCGACAAAAAGGUACUUCUACUCUUGGACAACCAUGAGAGCCACAAAUAUUAUCCUGCUUUGGAAUAUGCAAGUAAGAAUAGCGUCAUAAUUUUAUCCUUGGCCCCGCAUACUACUCAUAAAAUGCAACCUAUGGAUGUGGCCGUCUACGGCCCACUGAAAACGUAUUUUGAACGAGAGAUUAAUAGGUUCCAAAAGGCUCAUCCUGGACGCAUUGUAAAUCAGUACGAUGUAGCCAGACUGAUAUCACCAGCUUUUCUGAAAAGUGCAGUCGCCAUAAAUGCAGUUCAUGGGUUUGAACGACCUGGAAUUUGGCCAGUGAACAAAUAUGUUUUUGGGGAUGAAGACUUUGAACCAGUCAAAUCAAGUAUGAAUAUCAGCACAGUAGGCAUAGAUUCGAUACAAACAAUAGAUAUCCCUGAUUCCGCUGCCUCUUCAACCCCUUCACCCUCACUUUUACAAGAAUGCAAUUCGACAGUUGAUCACCAUGCAGAAAUAGUUCUACCUCCAGGAAAAGCUACAAUUUGUGAAUUAUCUAAACCUCAACUCUGUUGCACCAAUUGUAGUUUCCCAAUAAUCUACUAA